CGCUCCGACUACAAUACAUUUAUACCCCAGCUAUUUCAAGAACACACUUUUUCAUCCAGGAAUUUUUCUAUUAUAUUUAGAACGUAUUGAAAAAUGUCUGGUCGAGGCAAAGGUGGGAAAGCAAAAUCUGGAGGAAAGGCAAAAUCACGUUCAUCACGUGCUGGACUUCAAUUUCCCGUUGGCCGUCUUCAUCGUUUACUUCGCAAAGGUCAUUAUGCUGAACGUGUCGGUGCUGGGGCUCCUGUCUAUUUGGCUGCUGUUCUUGAGUACUUAGCCGCUGAGGUUCUUGAAUUGGCUGGGAAUGCUGCUCGAGACAAUAAAAAAACUCGUAUCAAUCCGAGACAUUUACAGCUGGCUGUGCGUAACGAUGAGGAAUUAAAUAAGUUACUCUCUGGCGUGACAAUUGCUCAAGGUGGUGUUCUUCCAAACAUUCACGCUGUUUUGUUGCCUAAAAAGACACAUGAAGGUUCUGCCUAA